UCAUAGCACAUUCAUCAGUCGCCAUCAACAACCGAUUUGAUGCACUCGUUCAUCUCCGUUAGUUCAGCGACGAAGUGAAAGUGAACGGUACUCGAUAUUCAGCAUAGAAGCGUGCCGGGCGAAUUUGUUGACUUAUUUGGCUUGCCAUGAGCAAUUUAAGUGUGUUCAGUCUGCUCCUCAUUUUCGCUGCUUCCUGCUACGUUUCUGGCGGCACUGAGGCAGCCAGCAAGAAUGACGACGACUUUCUGCAGGUCAUAAAUUUCGGAAAAUUGCCGAAUAGUCCAAAACCGUAUACACCCAUACAAGAACAACAGAAACAGCUAAAGCAUGAAAAAGUUCGUAAACAGUUUGGUAAGCGGUCGAUGUUGGCUUCAGAGGCCGCCACAGCGAAUGCACCAUCCACCAUGAGGACACGUCAGAAGCGCUCUCAGCAUGCUCUGGCCACCACAGAGGAGUAUCUCAAAAGCAUGCCGACUUAUACCUACAACCUGGCAUUACUUAAUAUAUUGCAAAGUCUAAGAAGGCAACUUUCCGACAUCGAGUUGGCGCGUUUGCGUUCGCGCCUCAGUCGCAGCGCCGCCGCCGAUUUACAAUUGUUCAAUGAAAUCUACAACAAUAAUAACAACAAUGGAGAGUACCCUGGCGAGACGGACAGCAGCAGCAAAAAUAGCGAUGGCAUUGGUUUGGCCCGCGGUGACACCGACACUGGCAUGGGAAUGGGCGUGAGCAUGGGCGAGGCGGGUGGCGUUGGCGGUGCCGCUAAUGACAUGCUUGCCAAUGACAUUGAGGAUCUUAGCGUGCCGUGGCAAUUGGCGGCGCGAGUCAGCAAAAAGUCCUCAGCACUCUACAAACCGCGUUUGGGCAAACGAACGCAAAAACAACAACAACCAGCAGCUUGCAACUAAAACGUAGCGCCGAGGGGAGUGCGGCAAUCGGUUUCGAAGUGCUGCGUAGACACGGAGGACAACCGAGUAUCAGUUUUUGAAGCGAGCGAGUUGAAAUGAGGGUCAGCACAAGUGGUUGGGACACGGACAUUCUGAUUCAAAUCCAAUUGUAACACUAUAUUAUCAACAUACACCCUACAUGUGAAGGCAUGCAUCUCAUUGGAACAUAUAUGUGCUAAAGCAGUUGUGAGAGUAGCGUUAAAAUGGAAUUAAUACUUGUAGUUGUAAUAUUCGAGAGGUGCCAGGACAUUCUUCUUUAUUUGCCUUAGCAAUUUAUGUAUUCCUAAAUGUUGAUUAAAUAUGGAAAAAUGUGAUUUAGACAAAUUUUAUACACAUAUUCUAUCCAAAUGCACUCGUCAUAAAAUAAACGAUUAAACACUAA